CUUGCAGCACAGAGGUUCGGGGCCGGUUAGUUGCGGAAGCGAGCGAGGGCUGAGGGGUUCUCCCAUCCCAUCGUAGUUCAUAAAAGAGGAAUAAAAUAAAAAAGAAAAAAAGAAAGAAUAUAAUAGAGUGAUGAGAGGUUCCAUAAACCUGAUACUGCCGCCGAUAUCUUCACCCCCAUUCAUAUCCCUCAAUCGACUCUCUCACCUAUAUUCUUCUCCCUCUCCCUCUUCCUCUGAUUUGUUGAAGGCGGCAUCUAAAAAACUCGUACUUGCAACUAAGACACAACCACUAUCGACCAUGGCAACUGAUGAAGAAAGAGUUGGAAAUGUGAAGCGGCAGUUGGGCAAACUGUUUGAAAAAUCGCUUAGAGCUAUAGUCCCAGAUGAGCCAGAUGUAGAGCCGUUGAUCGCUCCCUGCACUGGAAAAUUUGGCGACUAUCAGUGCAAUAACGCUAUGGGCCUAUGGUCUAAAAUAAAAGCCAAAGGGACUGAAUUUAGGGGUCCUCCAUCAGUUGGACAGGCCAUCAUGAAAAAUCUUCCGCCAUCAGAAAUUGUAGAAUCAUGCUCUGUAGCUGGACCAGGAUUUGUGAAUGUUGUAUUAUCAAAGAGCUGGAUAGCUAAGAUCAUACAAAAUAUGCUGCGUGAUGGUAUUGAAACGUGGGCACCACAACUUCCAGUCAAAAGGGCUGUGGUUGACUUUUCAUCACCAAAUAUAGCAAAAGAAAUGCAUGUUGGCCACCUAAGGUCUACUAUUAUUGGGGAUGCGCUAGCCCGUAUGCUUGAGUUUUCAAAUGUUGAUGUCCUAAGGCGGAACCAUGUUGGUGACUGGGGAACACAGUUCGGUAUGUUGAUUGAAUUCCUUUUUGAGAAGUAUCCAAACCUGGAUGAUGUCAGUGAAACAGCCAUUGGAGACCUGCAGACUUUCUAUAAGGCUUCAAAAAAGAGGUUUGAUGAUGAUGCUGCUUUUAAGGCAAGGGCACAGCAGGCAGUAGUUAAGCUUCAGGGUGGUGAGUCUGAGUACCGGAAGGCAUGGUCAAAAAUAUGUGAAAUCAGCCGGAAAGAGUUUGAUAAGGUGUAUCAACGUCUUGGAGUUGAAUUGGAAGAAAAGGGAGAAAGUUUUUACAAUCCAUAUAUUCCAGGCAUCAUAAAGGAAUUGAGCGAUCUAGGAUUAGUUCAGGAAAGUGAGGGUGCUCGUGUGAUCUUUAUUGAAGGGGUUAACAUUCCCCUUAUUGUGGUGAAGAGUGACGGUGGUUUCAACUAUGCUUCAACUGAUCUCACAGCUCUCUGGUAUCGACUUAAUGAAGAGAAAGCAGAGUGGAUUGUGUAUGUCACUGAUGUUGGUCAGCAGCAACACUUUGAUAUGUUUUUCAAGGCUGCGAAACGUGCAGGUUGGCUUCCUGCUGAUGAUAGCAAUUAUCCAAAAGUUAGUCAUGUUGGUUUUGGUCUGGUUCUUGGAGAAGAUGGCAAACGAUUUAGAACUCGGAGCUCUGAGGUUGUUCGAUUAGUUGAUUUACUUGAUGAAGCCAAGAGCCGCAGUAAAACAUCACUUAUUGAGCGUGGCAAGGCUGAAGAGUGGACUGAACAGGAGCUUGAGCAAACAGCUGAGGCUGUUGGUUAUGGUGCAGUCAAGUACGCCGACCUGAAGAAUAACAGGCUAACCAAUUAUACAUUUGAUUUUGAUCAGAUGUUAAGUGAUAAGGGCAAUACUGCUGUCUACUUGCUAUAUGCUCAUGCUAGGAUCUGUUCAAUCAUUAGGAAGUCUGGCAAAGACACAGAGGAAUUAAAGAAAACAGGAGUGAUUGUUUUGGACCAUGCUGGUGAGCGUGAAUUGGGCCUUCAUUUGCUACAAUUUUCUGAGGUUGUUGAAGAAGCGUGCACCAAUCUCUUGCCAAACGUUCUGUGUGAAUAUCUUUAUAACUUGUCAGAAAUCUACACCAAGAAAUUUUAUUCCAAUUGUCAGGUGGUUGGAUCUGCCGAAGAAACAAGCAGACUCUUGCUUUGUGAAGCAACAGCCAUAGUGAUGAGAAAAUGCUUUCAUUUGCUCGGAAUCGAGCCCGUUUACAAGAUUUGAUUUUUGUACGAAUCUAAUUUAUAUAUACAUCUAAGUUGAUAGGGACAAUUAUUUUCUCAUACUUCAUAUGAAAUUUGUAACCUUAUUUGAGCGAAAAAAAGUUUUGCCCUUACGGCAAUGUUUCUCAUA